UUUGAUUUUACGCAGCUAGCAAGCUAGCUCGUACUGUUGGGUGCACAGUUGGUACACAGUUUUCUCUAAGAAUGAAACACUUCUUAUAGUCAGAGCGUCAACUUAAAAUCAAAUAAUCAAAAUGAAUCUUGACAGACUUCGAAAGCGAGUACGGCAGUACAUUGACCAGCAACAAUAUCAAAGUGCUCUGUUUUGGGCCGACAAGAUAGCAUCCCUUUCCCAUGAGGAUCCCCAGGAUAUCUACUGGCUUGCUCAGUGCCUUUACUUGACAUCACAGUACCACAGAGCCUCCCAUGCCCUCCGUUCACGAAAACUUGACAAGUUGUAUGGAGCUUGUCAGUACCUUGCUGCAAGGUGCCAUUAUGCUGCCAAAGAGUUCCAGCAGGCCUUGGAUAUUCUGGAUGCAGAGGAGCCAGCUUGUAAGAAGCUACUGGACAGGAGUGGGAAAGAGGAUAAUGGGACACCAGAGUCAACGAAAGAUUGGGAUAUGUCCCCUGCCUCUAUCAACAGCUCCAUCUGCCUCCUGCGGGGUAAGAUCUAUGAUGCCAUGGACAACAGACCACUGGCCACAUCCAGCUACAAAGAGGCCUUGAAGCUGGAUGUGUACUGCUUUGAAGCCUUUGACCUUUUAACGUCCCACCACAUGUUGACUGCGCAGGAAGAGAAAGACUUCCUUGACUCGCUUCCUCUGAGUCAACAGUGCACUGAGGAGGAGGAGGAGUUAUUACACUUCCUGUUUGAGAAUAAGUUAAAGAAGUAUAACAAGCCCAGUGAUUUGGUGGUGCCAGAGAUGGUCAAUGGUCUUCAGGACAACUUGGACGUAGUGGUGUCUCUUGCUGAGAGGCAUUAUUAUAACUGUGAUUUCAAAAUGUGCUACAAACUCACAUCAAUGGUGAUGGUCAAAGACCCCUUCCAUGCCAACUGUUUACCAGUCCAUAUAGGAACUCUGGUGGAGCUUGGAAAAGCAAAUGAGUUGUUUUACCUGUCACACAAACUUGUAGACUUGUAUCCCAACAACCCAGUGUCCUGGUUUGCUGUCGGGUGCUACUAUCUCAUGGUUGGCCAUAAAAACGAACAUGCUCGGCGAUACCUUAGCAAAGCCACCACCCUGGAGAGGACGUAUGGCCCUGCAUGGAUUGCAUAUGGCCAUUCAUUUGCAGUGGAGAGUGAGCAUGACCAAGCCAUGGCCGCGUACUUCACUGCUGCCCAGCUGAUGAAAGGGUGUCACUUACCCAUGCUCUACAUCGGCCUGGAGUACGGUCUGACCAACAACUCCAAGCUGGCAGAACGUUUCUUCAGCCAGGCUCUUAGUAUUGCUCCAGAGGACCCAUUCGUCAUACACGAAGUGGCAGUGGUUGCAUUUCAAAAUGGAGACUGGAAGACUGCAGAGAGGCUGUUCCUGGAUGCAAUGGAGAAGAUCAAGGCCAUAGGGAAUGAGGUCACUGUGGACAAAUGGGAGCCUUUGCUAAACAACUUGGGUCAUGUGUGUCGGAAACUGAAAAAAUACGACCAGGCACUGGAGUACCACCGUCAAGCACUGGUCCUAAUCCCUCAGCACGCCUCCACCUACGCUGCCAUAGGAUAUGUACACAGCCUCAUGGGUGACUUCGAAAGUGCUAUCGACUACUUUCACACGGCACUUGGACUGAAAAGGGACGACACUUUCUCUGUGACUAUGCUCGGCCACUGCAUAGAGAUGUACAUUGGUGACACAGAUGCCUAUAUAGGCACAGACAUUAAUGACAAAAUGCGAGGCAGCUUGAACACUCCAGCGCUGAUGAAGAUGCUGAACACGUCGGAGCCUGGUGACCCUCUAGCCACGCCGAGACAGGAAGACACCAGCAUCGCGUCUUUGGAAACAUCUAUGUCAAAUCACGACAAGAUGAUGCUGGAGACGCCUCUUCGACUCUCUUUAACCCUGGAGUGUGACAUGUAUGAGAGCGAUGUCAUGUUAGACACCUUGUCAGACACCAGCACGUGAUCUCAUCCUGUCAGGAGGUGGAACUGUCAUAGCAACAGGUUGUCAUAGGUACACAUAUCUAAGCCCAAGGACAACAUUCAAACCAAAACUUUGGCACCUGCCCUCCAACAAAGGUUUCCUGUGGAAUCCCCUUCUUGUGCAUUAGAUAUGGUUGUUUCUGUAAGUGACAAAACAUAGAACAUGCCAUCGUGAACAUUAUGAACUUGAGUAAAAGUGAGGGUGAAUUUGUACACAAAGCAACUGCUGUACAUCAUAUUCAUUUUGCAAGAAUGCACUUUAAAAGGGGAAAUAACACGUGCCUUGGUUAAGGGGCUGAGUACUAGGUUUAGCAUUGGACCUUGGGUUAAGCCUGAAGACAAUGGGAACAUGUGAUCCUCUGACACUUGGUUGAACAGAGCAGCACAUCUCGUAUCACAACUAAAAGACUAUAGUCACUUAUUACUGCCUAUGGCAGGACCCUCCAUGUUGCUUAACCUGUGGAUUUUCACCUUGAAUAAAGAGCCAGCUAAAUACAAGUGUUUUUGUUGAAAACAGUUCUUGAUAAUUCCAACAAUAAA